AAGAUCGUUCAGAUGCUGCUCGAUAAGGGUGCCGACGUCAACGCGCAGAAUAGGGGGUACGGCAAUACCCUCCAGGCUGCUUCUCACAGGGGCCGCGAGAAGAUCGGUGCCGACGUAAAAGGGCAGGGCGGCGAGUACGGCAACACUCUCCAAGCUGCUUAUUCUCUAGGCCACGAGAAGAUCGUUCAGAUGCUGCUCGACAAGGGUGCCGACGUUAACGCGCAGGGCGGCGAGUACGGCAACGCUCUCCAAGCUACUUAUUCUCGGGGCUACGAGAAGAUCGUUCAGAUACUUCAGAACAUGGCCGAGAACUUAGUAGAGAAGAUAGGCCGGGUAGCAGUAAUCGAGAAAGCCGCGAAGCGUUCCUCAUCCCAGGCAGAAAUUAGUAGAGAUAAUAGGGAAAUCGUGGCCAAGAAGCCGAAGGUAGCUAACGUUAGUUCGCUAAAUACGUAAGGAGGAGCGGAGGCGGGUUCAUCUAAAGGGGUUAGGGAUUAUAAGGACGAGGAAAAUUAGUAGGUUUUCGACGGUUUAGAUCGAGAA